GGUAUCAGGGCAUGCACCGAAUGAAAGGACGUAUUAGUAAACUAAUCUAUAUCGGUUGUGUGAUUAUUUUGGUUUCGAUUAACCGAAUAUUUCCCGAAAAGCGGACAAUAUAAAACUUAGGUAAGGGUAUAUAAGUCAAUUGAUCUAAAUCCGUUUCCUUUCUCAUAUUUCCGAUAGGAAAUCUGAUAAACGAUCGCGAUUUCAUAUUAAUUUCUCUUCCCAAAACUGAAUUUUGAUUGCUUCCAUCAAUCGGAAAACGAUCCAACCGCGCUAUGGUCUGCGAAAAGUGCGAGAAGAAGCUUGGGAAGGUGAUCGUGCCGGAUAAGUGGAAGGAAGGAGCCCACAACACCACCGAAGGCGGCGGCCGUAAGAUCAACGAGAACAAGCUCCUCUCCAAAAAAAAUAGAUGGGCGCCUUAUGGACAAACAAAGUGUACCAUAUGCAAGCAGCAAGUUCAUCAGAAUGGCAAGUACUGCCAUACAUGUGCUUACAGUAAAGGAGUGUGUGCGAUGUGUGGAAAACAAGUGCUCGACACCAAGUUUUACAAGCAGAGUAAUGUAUGAUGUAUCUUGUUCUGUGGCCAGAUUCACCCGAAGACCCCAAUAGGUCGUUAUCUUCUGCUUCUUGUGAUGAGAAUGUGUCGAUGAUGCUAAUAUUUGGAUACUCUUAUGUUGACUAGAAUGCACUACUACUGCCUAAUGUUUCAAGAAUAUUGUGCUGCUUGUACAUUACUGCCUCAAUCUUGGAUUACCAUUUCAAUCUAUAUAAAAUCUUCAGUUUGGCACCAAGAUGAAAAAAAUAAUCAAUAUCACUAGUAGAUCAAUUGGUACAUCACUGAUAAUUUUAUACUAUGUUUGAUGUGUGACACCUUUAAUUGUUGCUGAAAGGUAUCAUUCUCUUCGAUGA